UAUUGUCAUUUGAUUAGUUAUGCCAGUGGCGUACGUUAAAAAAUAACUAGGAGUGCCGUAGCUGUACGUAGACCAUAGUAAUCUGAUAGGCUGGUUUUCGGACUGCAAAGUAAGAUAGAUAUCUGGCUAUUUUAUCGCCAUGCUCUACCUAAUUGGUCUUGGGUUAGGAGAUACGAAAGACAUUACUGUAAAGGGACUCGAAAUUGUUAAACAAUGCAGUCGCGUCUACCUGGAAGCAUAUACAUCCAUACUGACUGUCGGGAAAGAGGCGUUGGAGGAGUUUUAUGGACGUGAGCUGAUCCUUGCAGAUCGGGACAUGGUGGAGCAGGAGGCUGACGAAAUCCUGAAGGGGGCGGAUACCAGCGACGUUGCCUUUCUGGUGGUGGGUGACCCGUUUGGGGCCACCACCCACAGUGACCUAGUCCUUAGAGCAGUGAAUGCUGGGAUACAGUACAAGGUCAUCCACAACGCCUCCAUCUUGAAUGCGGUUGGAUGCUGUGGACUUCAGCUGUACAACUUUGGAGAGACGGUGUCCGUUGUGUUCUGGACAGACACCUGGAAACCGGAGAGCUUCUAUGACAAAAUCCAGAGGAACCGCGAGAGCGGGAUGCACACAUUGUGUCUGCUGGAUAUCAAAGUGAAAGAGCAGUCGAUGGAGAAUUUACUGAGGGGCCGAAAGAUCUACGAGCCUCCCAGGUACAUGACUGUGAGCCAGGCGGCAGAGCAGCUCCUGGAGAUCGUGCAGAACCGGCGGCAGAGGGAGGAGGCCUUAGCCUACACCGAGGACACAGUGUGCGUGGGCCUGGCGAGGGUGGGGGCCGGGGACCAGGCGAUCAGGGCGGGGACGCUACGCCAGCUGGCCGCCUGUGACCUGGGCGGACCCCUGCACUCCCUCAUAGUGACGGGUCACCUGCACCCACUCGAGCUGGACAUGCUCCGCCUCUUCGCCGUCCAACCCGGUGCGCUAGACAACCUGAAGACAAUGGACAGCUCCACAUACACCUCCUAAGCAACAGAGCUCCCCCGACUG